CACACACACACACAGUAGCCCACAGUGCAGAACAUACUGAGUAUCACACACACACAGGCCCUCACACACUCGGAGACAGCUGCUGUGGACAGUAGGGCUGGCUGAUAUUCCCCUGGACUUCUCCGGUUGUGUGUGUGGGGGGGAUGAACUCGAGCCUGUUGAACAUGUCCAGCCUGAUGAACGUGUCCAGUCUGUCGAACACAUGGAGCGUGGGGAACGUGUCGAGCGUGGGGAACGUGUCGAGCGUGGGGAACGUGUCCGGUGUGGCGUCGCGGUGCGCGCGUGACGUGAGCGUGACGGCGGUCCUGUUCCCCUGCCUGUACGGGCUGCUGCUGGCCGCGGGGCUGCUGCUCAACACCGUGGCGCUCUGGAUCUUCCUGGACAUCCGCUCCUCCUCCACCUUCCUGGUCUACCUGAAGAACCUGCUGGCGGCCGACCUGCUGAUGGCGCUCACGCUGCCGUUCAAGCUGCUGUCGGACGCGGGCGUGGGCGGGUGGACACUGCGGGCAUUCCACUGCCGCUACAGUGCCGUGCUCUUCUACGUCAGCAUGUACAUGUCCAUCCUGCUCCUGGGACUCAUCAGCCUCGACCGAUACCUCAAGGUGGUGCGGCCAUUCGGACGCUGCGCUCUCCAGAAGGUUUCGGUGGGCCGCGGUGUCUGCGCGGUCGUCUGGGCAACCAUGCUGGCACUGGCCCUGCCCAACAUGGUGCUUAGCAACCAGCUGCCCAAGCAGGAGCCGCAGGGAAGACUCCGAUGCAGCGACAUGAAGAGCCAUGCAGGACUGCAGUGGCAUGAAGGCGUCAACUACUUCUGCCAGGUGCUGUUUUGGGGAACACUGCUUCUCAUGGUGGUGUGUUACACGUUCAUCAGUAAGAAAGUGUACCAGUCAUAUCGCACCUCACAGAGCAACUCACACUCCGCCAGCCAGAGAACUAAAGCAAAGGUGUUUGUGGUGGUGGGCGUGUUCUUCGUGUGCUUCGCUCCAUUCCAUUUCGCCCGUGUUCCGUACACUCUGACGCAGACGCGUGGGCUGGCCGGCCCAUGCUGGGCCCAGCAGCUGCUGUACGUGGCCAAGGAGAGCACCCUGUGGCUCUGCACCACCAACGUGUGUCUGGACCCACUCAUCUACGUGCUCCUGUGCCACGUGUUCCGCCGACGCAUCACCGCCACGCUCAGCCGCAAGCCCCUCCCCCCGGCCUCACCCAGCGACACCUCCACCCACCACGAGAUGCCCAGUGCCCACAAGAUGCCCAGUGCCCACGAGAUACCCAGUGCCCACAAGAUACCCAGUGCCCACGAGAUGCCCAGUGCCCACGAGAUGCCCAGUGCCCACGAGAUGCCCAGUGCCCACAAGAUGCCCAGUGCCCACAAGAUACCCAGUGCCCACAAGAUACCCAGUGCCUACGAGAUGCCCAGUGCCCACAAGAUACCCAGUGCCCACAAGAUACCCAGUGCCUACGAGAUGCCCAGUGCUCAGGAGCCACUAGCAACAGGAGCAGCAUCAACAACAUCAGCCCCAGAAGCAUGAAGUCUAACAUGCUGAACACACACAGCAUCGCAUAGUGAACUGCGGUCAAGCUCCACACACACACACACACUCAUACACACUCACACACACAGACACACCCACACACACAGACACACACUUAUACACACUCACACACACAGACACACACACACACACACACACACACACACAUCACAUCACAUCACAUCACAGUACUGUUGACUGGACUAUGUGAAUGCAUGAAGAUUUGAGUCAAACCUGGCACCAUAUGAUCAGGAAUGAAAACAGUUCAGAACACACACACACACACACACACAGGGAUUAUCUGCAAGUUCCUCAUACCAUAAAAAACCUCUUCUUAACCUCUCUCUAUCCCUCUCUCUCACUCACUCACUCACACACACACACACACUCACUCACUCACACACACACACACACACACACUCACACACACACACACACACACUCACACACACACUCACACACACACACUCACACUCACACACUGCUGAUGGAUGUAUCAUGCAUGCUGUAAAUACAAAUCAACGUAAAGUACAGAAAUGUCAAAUGUUUUUCAAUAAAAUGAGCUCCUUUUCUACACACAGACACAGACAAACACACACACACAUUUCAAUAAAGCUCCUUUUUAUAACA